AGGUCCCUUUUAUUAGUAAGGAUUUAAAUUUAGACGCUACAAAAAAAAUUGGAAAAUAAUAAUGAAUAAUUAUUUACUUUUCUAAUUUACUUUAUUAAAAUGAAAUUUAUUUAUGAGUAAAUCCUUUUAAAAUUAGGAAAUUUGAUGUAUCAAUCUUACCUUUUUUCCGUUGUCAUAUGACUUUAUUUUCAAAGUGAGGUUGCAGACAAAGUUUUGGAUAUUGUGCGACUUUGUCGAAGUGAGUAAGGAUUCGAAUUUGACCUUUCUUCCUCUAUCCAUCAUAAUUCUUAUUAUUCUUCUCUUCCAUAAACUUAUGUUAUUCAUGUUAUUCUCAUUAUCUUUCAAUAAUGAACGCGUCUAAUAAUGAAACCAGUCUCUGUUUUUUGUGCUUUUUGUUUUUGGUUAGUGUUGUUUUAUUAACUUGUCAUAGUCUUUACUGAAGGUUGGAUAAUUGCUUGAUAUAGUCUUUAUAUAAGCUUAUUAUUCAUUUUUUAUACAGGAUGUCGAUUCAAAAAAAUGUGGAUUUAGGAUUCCUGUUGCGGUUGUAUUCAGUUGGUUGUGAGCCUAAAUCGAAGAAAAGUAUCAAUCACCAUAAUAAAAUGAAGUUUCUUGAAGAUGUAAAAAGUUCUGUUGGAGAAGAAGUGUGGGACAUUGUUUGUGCUUCUCCUCUCGGAGUAAUUAUACGGUUCGUAGAAAAUAAAUUCACUUGGUCGUCUAAGAUUGUCAAGCAUCUUCUUGUGAACCAACUUGCUUGCAAGAAAAAUCAGGAAAUGUGGUGCUUGUCUUUCUAUAUCAUCAAUACCUACCACUUUUCAUGUAUCAUCACUACCUCUAUCAAGAGUACCACUUUUUUCUUCAUAUUCACAAGUUUUCUUUUGAUCGGUACUCAUUUCCUCAACUACGUACCUGUAAAAUAAAUGUCUAUGGCGUAUUAGCUAAUCUAUGAAUAACAUUUCAAUAUAAUAUAAAUCUGCCGACUGAGAUCUAGUCUACCAAAACAUGUGAUAUCUAGUCUACCAAAACAUGUAGAGAUCAGGAAAGUCAAGGACAAAAUACAAGUCUACAAAAAUAACAUGUAAAGUCUGCUAUACACGUGUGGACUUAAUACAAAUCCACCAAUUAUUAGCAAACAGUAAUCUAGUAUGUCAAAUAGACAACAAAAUAAUCUACGGAUUAUGAAUGUCAUGUCUGUAGAAACAUGUAGUCAAUAUGUAAGUCUACCAAAUUCACACAUAAAGUCUGCUAUACACAUUUAGAUCUUUUGCUUAUCUACCGAUUAUAAGAAGAUACAAACUAACGUACAGGUUUCGAAUGUCAUGUAUGUAGAAACAUGUAGUCAUUACGUAAGUCUACCUAUUAUGAGCAGACAACAAACUAAUCAACAGGUUUCAAAUUUCAAAUUUGUAAAAUCAUGUAGACACUAUGUAGCUAUCGCACAAGUCUAUCAAAUUCAGAUGUAAGUCUGCUAUACAUGUGUAGACUAUAUGAUAAUCUACCUAUUAUGAGCAGGCAACAAAAUAAUAUACAAGUUUCGCAAACCAAAUAUAUGUCUACCGAUUUCUAGUUUACCAUGAACGUCUACUGGUUCAAAGUUUCUAGUCUACCAAAAUUUGACAGACGUUAUGUUCAUUUUUAUCUUCUGCAUAUAUAAAGCCGUUUCAGUUAUCUUGAUUUUUUGUAGAAAUUCAAUCCUGAAAUUCCUUUUGAAUGCUUUUUUAAAGUAAAUAGAUCUCCAAAAAGGUUAGCAAUAUUAAAAAAACAAAACAUAGAACAGUGUUCUCUAUGAAUGAUUAUUAUAAAUUUUAGCACUGAUAUAAUAAUGGCUAUAGAAUUGUACUAACCUCACGUUAAUGUAUAAACUUUUGCUUUGGUGAAAAAAAUGUUUUAGUAUAAAAAGAUGUUUUAAUAAGAUGAAUGUGUAACAAUAGUGAUUUUUCAAAAAUGUUUUUCUUUUUUGGCCAGAUUCGUUUUCCUCUUCUGUAAAAAGCAAUCAAUGUUGUUUUAAUGUUAUAAUCAUCUUUAAUAUUAUUUCCAUUUAAUUAAAUUCGAAUUUUUUUAAUUUAUUUAAAGAAAUUAAUUAUUCUUUUAAUUUAUAUGGUAAAAUCAAAAAAUUAAAUUAUGCGCUUAAGGGUAAUAUAGUAAAAGUGUCUUCAGAAAAUCUUUAUAAUUAAUUUAGCUAUUUUCUAUAUUUUUUUGAUGAUCCUUGGAUGCCUUCGAGAAAAAUCCGACUAGCGCCUAAUUACCGUCCACCGGAGCUGAGCCGGGGAGCCCACCGAAAGCAUCCAGAAGGACCGUCUUUUUCACCUAUUAUAAUCGACGGUGGCCGGAACUCGAACCUAGGUAGGAAAACUCACUACCGUGAAUCCUUUACCACCAGGGACAAGCGUCCAGUUAUUUUUUUCUAUAUUUUUUAAGUUAUUGUAGCAAAUAUUCCUUUAUUAUUUUAUCGGUUUAUGUCAUACUUUGAACCAAUCCAAUUUGAGACCUGAGAAAUUUAUUAAUUUACUGAAUAUUAAUUUAUAGAAUAUUAAUUCUAUAACUCAAAAAGAGUCAAUCUAAAAUGUUAACUAACUAACGUUCAUUGACUAUGACCAUAUACGUUAAUUUAAGAAAAAUCUAAAAUGUUAAUUAACUAACGUUCCUUGACUAAAAAAUUUGACCAUAUACGUUUUUUUUUUCAAUGACCAUGUACGUUAAUUUAAGAAAAAUAAUAUUCGUAUAAUAUAUUUACGGAAAGAAAUUAAAAUGAUCGUUGACUCUAUGUCAUAAUACAUUAGCAUUAUUUUAUAUGUAACUCAUCACAAACUUCAUGUUGUUAGCUACACUCUCCUAUACCACCCAAAUGGAUAUUCCAAAACGACACCUAUCCUUAUUCAUAUUGAUUAUUUUCAUAACUACAUAUUCGUCAAAUGCCGGCACAAACAACAACAUUCCAGUUCCAUAUGGUCCAUCACCACCAACAUAUGCGUCGUCUAGUCCUUAUGCAAAAAAAACUGUAGAAAUCAUCAACGAUAUUGGUAGUAUAGUCUCGUAUCAUUGUAAAUCAAAGGACGAUGAUUUUGGUGUCAGAAGUUUGCAAGUGGAUAGCUCGUGGUCGUUUAGUUUCGGGCGUCAGAUAUUUGGAAGGUCAUUAUUUUUCUGUUAUUUUGUGUUGCCAAAGAUUGGAAGCUAUUGGUUCGACAUAUAUAAAGAGCCCCGAGAUAGUUCCGGCGAAUUCUGGUGCAAUAAUUGUGUGUGGAAGAUAAGACCGCUCGGACCUUGUAGGUUUAACAAGAUAACUCAUGAGUUUGAUCUUUGUUAUCCAUGGAAUAAAAAUAAGUCCUUGUAUUGACAAAUUAAAGACAUAGCCGAGAUAAAUGU